GAACCGGUGAAUUAACAUCAGUAUAAUAAAUAGUUAGUGUUUUAGAAAAUGUGAUCAUCCUUUCCGUGUCAAGGAUAAAUGGGUUUAUAAUGUCUCCUCGGAGCUGUUCGUCCUGUUGUUAACGUUAGCCUACCUUAUAUUUUCCUUACUUGACUUGGAUAGCGUAACCAACGCUACACACAUGAAGCAUCGUGUUACAGAAAAAAACAUUGUUUCGUAAGUUUACGGAAUUGCUUUUACGGAACUAUUCUCAAAUUAAACAGUGCUGUUUUCGUUUAUGUUUAUAUUAGAAUAUCAUACAUGUAACGUCAGCGUCAUUUCGCCUUCAGACUGACACAUCCACUGUCCAUCAUGAACACUCCACCACCACGAAAUGCUCGCCCAGCGCCAUCCCUUCACUUCGGCCAGGUGGUCAUCGGACCACCUGGUUCUGGUAAAACAACCUAUUGCCGAGGAAUGCAGGAGUUCUUAACCAGUCUUGGACGCAAAGUGGUAGUAGUGAAUUUGGAUCCAGCCAAUGAGGGCUUGCCGUACCAAUGCGAUGUGGACAUUUCAGAACUAGUAACACUUGAUGAUGUGAUGGAGGGCUUGAAAUUGGGGCCAAACGGAGGCCUUAUAUAUUGUAUGGAAUACUUAGAGACAAAUAUCGACUGGCUUGAGGCCAGGUUGAAACAGCACCAUGACAGUUAUUUUCUUUUCGAUUGCCCCGGACAAGUAGAACUAUACACACACCACAGUGCUUUGAAGAACGUAUUUUCUCAGCUAUCUAAAUGGAACUUCAGGUUGACAUCAGUGCACCUAGUGGAUUCUCAUUACUGUACAGACCCAGCAAAGUUCAUAUCUGUGCUUUGUACAUCCUUGUCGACUAUGCUACACGUGGAACUUCCCCAUGUCAACAUCCUGUCCAAGAUGGACCUGAUUGAGCAGUAUGGACAGCUAGCGUUCAACCUAGACUUCUACACAGAAGUGAUGGACUUGUCCUACCUGCUGGAUCAUCUGGCAGCAGAUCCGUUUUUUAAGAAGUUUCUCCAUCUGAAUGAGAAGCUGGCAGAGGUGAUUCAGGACUACAGUCUGGUGUCCUUUGUGCCCCUCAAUGUGCAGGACCGUGAGAGUAUGGUCCAGGUUCUGCGCACAGUGGACAAAGCCAAUGGCUACUGCUUUGGGGACCUGGAGGAGAGGAACCUUCAGGCUAUGAUGUCAGCAGCAGUGGGAGCGGACUUUCAGUUUGAUGCAGCUCUUGGGGUUCAGGAGCGCUACGUGGAGUCCAGCGAGAAGACCGUGGCAGAGGAGGUUAUGGAUCUUUAAGAUCAUGCUAGCAGUCGGACUGCCCCAGAGUCGUGCCUUAAUGCCUGUGCACAUGAAAGGAUGAGGUGGCCUGCUGGCUUGCCACAGAUCAAAGUCAAAAGCAAAAGACAACAAAGACAAAACAGCCGCUAACAGCACUGACAGGUGACCAUCAUCACAGCCUGCCACCAUUUUGUUGCUGAAAUAGCAUAAAGAUAUGGGAUGGAAGAAGGGAGGGGAACAUGAGAGUAACAUUUUGCUCCAUAAAGCUUUGAUUGCCAAGACGAUAUGUAGGCACUCCCUGCAUCUCCUAUGUCCUGGAAUUUGUUGAUACAUUCAUCUGAUAGAUGUGAUCAACAAGUAUUCAAUUAAAAUAUUUUUU